CUAGUCUUCAGCUUUUCUAUAUUUAUAAUUUUGUUAAACGAAAGUGGGUUUGGUGUUGAAAGGCAUAUAUACAUGUAGUAUGGUUUGUUGUUACAGCCAUUAUUUCUUCAAUAUGUUGUGAAAUAAUCGUUUUGAAAUACGAUUAUUUUUUAUUGCUCCGUUAAACUUCAACUAGUGCUUCAUUCUUUUUUAUUUUAAACCAAUACUGGUUCGUUUGGUUGGAUGUCCCUCAUUGCGAUUACCUUCAACUUUAACAUUCAUCCUCUUCCUCUUUUAUUUCUUUUUUCAUCUUUUAUGACCUUCAUUAGGAUAAUAAUAACAAUAAUAAGCUCAGUCAUAUUGAGCUCUGUCUUUUCUUAUUUUAAUUAAUGCGUUUGGGCUGGAAUUCUCUGCCUAUUUGCUUUAUUUGCAGUAGUUGGUCAGUUUAGAACUUCUAUCAUCUUUGACAGCAUUUGAAGGAAAUCAGUGAUAGGACCCUUAUCUUUGGUAGUUCUAUCUCCUGUUUCAAAAUGAUUUCCUGUUAUUUGUUUAUUCAUAUAGACUUCUUCACACAUGCCAUGGGGAAGUUUUGCAGGGGUUAUCUUUACACUAAUGUUUUGUGGCUCUAUACGUUAGUAUUCUUGCUGUGCCGUUAGUCAUUUUUUGGAAGGUAUGGUGUUUAUAAAUGUAUUUCUGUUGGAGCUCAGAUCUUCAUAGUUCAUUUGCUCUUGCAAGUAAAUAUAGCUUUUCAAUCACCAACUCCUGCAACAGUGUUCCAGAAACAAUACAUCUGAGUGGCGAUUAUGUUUGAGACCAUCCUUGUUCUUGCUUUGAUUGAAACUGGUGAAUUUUUCUGAUUAUAUAAUUUAAAAUCUCACUAAUGCUAUCUUCCUCCAUAGAAAAAGUCUCUGCAUGUUACUUGUAUCUUUUGCACGAGGAUGGGAAUUUUGCUAGGUUCCUUUUGUUACUUACUUUAAAGUAUGAUUCCUAAAAGAAGCAACUUCAAUUACUUUGGCAUUAACCUCUCCAGAAGUUAACAUUAGCGAAUCUUUAAAUCAUUAUUUUUUCUUUAACAAUUAUGUUUGUGCCCAGUUCAGCCAGCGUUGAGCUGGGAUUUAUAUUUACUAAAUCCUUUUUGUGCAGAUUGUAAACACUUGCCAAGAAAUUUAAUUAUAUUAGAAGAUCUCGUUUUGGAAGAAGUAAAAGCAGGAAGGCAGUUUUUAUCUGAGCAGCUGGCGCAAUAAGGAAAAGUUUCAUUAUGCUGAGGAAUCUCUUGUGGGCAACCUCAAAGCAUGAUGUGUAUCUUAUGCAAAACUAUUCUGUAAUGCACUGGUCCUCUCUUCUUCGAAGGGGUAAAGAAGUUCUCAAUGUUGCCAAACCUAUAGUGCCAACCCUAAAAUAUCCUGGAUGUUUAGCACAACCACUUUCUAGGGUUCAGAUCAGUACUAUGAUGGUGAAUGACAAUCUUGUGGUUGCUGGUGGUUUUCAAGGAGAGCUUAUUUGUAAGUAUAUAAACCAACCUGGAGUUGCAUUCUGCACAAAAAUAUCCACUGAUGAAAAUGCUAUUACCAAUGCGGUGGAUGUAUAUCACAACCCUAGUGGCUCAAAGAGGGUUAUGACUGCAAACAAUGAUUCUCAAAUCCGAGUUUUUGAUGCUGUAAAUUUUGCUUGUCUAAGUCAUUUCACAUUCCCGUGGUCUGUCAAUAAUACAUCAGUAAGCCCUGAUGGUAAACUUCUUGCUGUCCUUGGUGACAGUCCUGAAUGUUUGAUUGCUGAUGCACAAUCGGGGAAGGUUCUCAGCAACUUAAAGGGGCAUCUCGACUAUUCAUUUGCUUCUGCCUGGCACCCUAAUGGCCAAAUUUUGGCUACUGGAAACCAGGAUACGACCUGCAGAUUGUGGGAUAUAAGGAACCUAUCAGAGUCCUUUGCUGUACUCAAAGGAAGAAUGGGUGCAAUCAGGGCCAUAAGAUUCUCAUCGGACGGCCGAUUUAUGGCUAUGACUGAACCUGCUGACUUUGUCCACAUAUUCGAUGCUGAAUGUGAUUAUGCUCGUGGACAAGAGAUUGAUCUGUUUGGGGAGAUAGCCGGAAUUUCCUUCAGCCCCGAUGGUGAAGCACUCUUUGUUGGAGUUGCAGACAGAACAUAUGGCAGCUUGUUAGAGUUCAACCGGAAACAUUAUGACCACCAAUAUCUGAACUGCAUGUUUUAGACAAUUUCAGCAUUCCAAGUCCUGCUUGAAGAAUAGAUACUGUUCAUAUGAUUGUAACAAAACCUUUCUAAGACAAAUUGCAAUUUGCUAACAAGAACUUUCUGUUCAGUGAUAUUUUCUGUAAGCAGAAAUGGGAAAAUUUUGCAAA